CCAUGGGCAGGCGAGUUGGUUUCCUCAGCCUUUCAUUAUUUUCCCACAAUAAUUUCAAUAUUCUCCAAUCCCACCCAGUCAACUCCCUCUCUCCUUCCAAGAAAAACCCUAGAAUCGGUCAAAUUCAUCCACAAUUUAAAUUCAUAUAUAGAUUUACAUGUAAUGUAUCCACACCCAUAGACACGCGCCAUUGUUGAUCGUCAAUUCGAAUCCUCCCGAUCUCCGUUCGCAUCAUCCACUUUUUGGUGUUUUGUGUUAUGGCGUCGGAGAUCGAGAUAGUGGAGGAGGUGGAAUCGAGAGAUCAUCGCCCACAGCCCUAUUCAAAUGGCGGAGAGGAGGCGGCGGUGGCAGCCGUGGCUGAAGAUGAGAGCUUGAGGAAUGAUGUGUAUACGGCCGCGGCGUAUGGAGAUAUGGAGAAGCUGCAGCGGCUUGUGGAGAGCGAGGGAUGCUCGGUUUCUGAGCCCGACGCUCUCGGCUACUACGCUCUUCAGUGGGCGGCCCUUAAUAAUCGGUCGGCAGCUGCUCAAUACAUUAUUGAGCAUGGAGGUGACAUUAAUGCUCGUGAUCAUACAGGCCAGACAGCUCUGCACUGGAGUGCAGUGAGGGGUGCAAUCCAGGUUGCUGAACUUCUGUUGCAGGAGGGUGCUCGAGUCAGUGCAGCUGAUUUUAAUGGCUAUCAGACAACUCAUGUUGCUGCACAAUAUGGUCAGACGGCUUUCCUUUGUCAUAUUGUCACAAAGUGGAAUGCUGAUCCUGAUGUUCCUGAUAAUGAUGGAAGGAGCCCAUUACACUGGGCUGCUUACAAGGGAUUUGCGGACUGCAUACGUCUUUUGUUAUACCUAAAUGCGUAUAGGGGACGGCAGGACAAAGAAGGUUGUACACCUCUGCAUUGGGCCGCCAUUAGGGGUAAUUUAGAAGCAUGCACUGUUUUGGUGCAGGCGGGAAAGAAGGAAGAUUUGAUGGUAACAGAUAAUACUGGGCUUACACCUGCACAACUUGCUGCUGAUAAAAAUCACAGACAAGUUGCAUUUUUCCUUGGAAAUGCUAGAAAGUUGUUUGAUAAACGGUGGGAUAGCAACAGCUUUGUUGGCAAGCUCUCAAAAUUAGGACUUGCUCCAUUACUUUGGUGUAUAAUCUUUCUGAUGCUCUUGGCAUAUAUACAUUCAGUCGUUUUGGCAUCAAAUUUACCAAGAUUGACAGCUGGCUUUGGUCUUUAUGCAUGGAUGGGCGUAUUCUUCGCAACAGUUGGUCUUGUUCUAUUUUAUAGAUGUAGCAGCAAGGAUCCUGGCUAUAUUAGAAUGAACAUACAUGACUCAGCAAACAUGAAAGAUGAUGAACCUUUGCUGAAGAUUGAAAUAAAUAAUCCUGCUUUGCUAGCUGGAAAUUGGGCUCAAUUAUGUGCAACUUGCAAGAUUGUUCGGCCUCUUCGGGCAAAACAUUGUUCCACUUGUGAUCGUUGUGUUGAACAAUUUGACCAUCAUUGCCCAUGGGUGUCCAAUUGCAUUGGCAAGAAAAACAAGUGGGAUUUCUUCUUGUUUCUUGUACUGGAAGUUCUGGCAAUGCUGAUUACUGGAUCGGUGGCUCUUACAAGGGUGUUGACUGACCCGUUGGCUCCAUCUACAUUCGGUGCAUGGAUAAGCCAUGCUGGUAAUCAGCAUGUUGGCGCUUUGUCAUUUUUAGUUGCAGACUUUUUCCUCCUUUCUGGUGUUGGAGUUUUGACUUGUGUACAGGCUUCUCAGAUUGCUCGUAAUAUUACAACGAAUGAAAUAGCAAACGUAUUGCGGUACAGUUAUCUAAGAGGACCAAGUGGUCGAUUCCGCAACCCAUACGAUCAUGGCUGCAAGAAGAACUGCUCAGAUUUCCUGAUAAAUGGAUACAACGAAGAUAUCGAGUGUAUUGAGGAAUCAACUGAAUCUGAAGGAAUUGGGAUGAUGCACAUGACAAGGAACUCAAACCUCCCCAAUGGAGUCAGCCAUGCUCAUCAAACGACAAAUGGAAAUGGUCAUCUAGUAAUCGAUGUGAAUAAAAAUUCAAAUUCACAUCACGGUCACGUUCAUUCUUCUCAUUGCAGCCAUAGUCAUAGUCAGAGUCAGGGUACUGUUCCUUUAGGUUUGGGUAUUGGUUUAGGCCGAAAUGUUGCACGCCCUGCUGCGGUUUCAUGAUAAGCCCGUGCUAUCAUGAUAGUCUUGGAAAAUGUUUGCUUUGUGACCCCUAUUGUCCAUAUAUCACAUGAUAGGCAUUCAUAUUUUUGUUUAGUCAUUCUGUACUCCCUAUUUUUGUCUAUACAACUUUCUUUUGUCAUAGCUCGAGAAACUAUAAGUUAUCACCGGCUCCACUUUGGUUCCCUCCGAGCCCGGUUUUGUUUUGUUUUGUUUCCACUUUAUAGUCAUUUUAUGUCAGGACUUUAGUGGGGUUGUAAAAUGUUGGAUCAUAUACAAUGGUAACGGAAUUCUUAUUUCACUUUACGAUAUUAUAUGCA